UACCGAAAACGUUUGGAUAUACGAGUUGUCAACUAACCUCAAAAGUAAAGUUUAUCUAAUCGGCUAUAUUAAGCCAUUGAGCCUCUGUUCAAGCUGUAUCAUGAAGUCACUCCGUAGAAUUCAGAAUUGUCUACUACACAUCAGAGGAACAAGGCAGACUCAAGUUGCCAGAGUGUAUGGAGGCCAAACAAAUUCACAAUCAAAGCCCUACACUCCCCGAAGGGCAGUGAUGUAUGUCCCGGGCAAUGAUCAGAAAAAAAUUCAGAAAGUUACCUCCCUUGAUUUGGACUGUGCAGUUCUGGAUUGUGAAGAUGGUGUGGCAGCUAAUAAAAAGGAGGAAGCCCGUUCCACAAUAAGAGAAGCCCUUGACCAGUACGACUUUGGCCGCACUGAGUGUAUUGUGCGUGUGAACUCAGUCACCAGUGGACUAAUGGAGGGGGACUUGGUUGAAGUACUGAAGGCAAAGAGAAUGCCCCAUGCCCUAAUGCUGCCCAAAGUGGAGCGACCCCAGGACAUUGACAUGUUCACCAAGCGACUGAAAGAAGCAUUACAAGGGAGGUCACUCCAGACACGCCCCUUCCUGAUAACGUAUGUAGAGAGCGCCAUGGGGUUGAUGAAUCUGAGGGACGUAUUUAAGAAGACCGUUGAUCUCCAGCUGAAGGAACAACUGUACGUACUGGAUGGUGUUGUGUUCGGAUCCGAUGAUUACUGUGCAGAUAUUGGAGCCACAAGAACAACUGAUGCUAAGGAAUUACUGUAUGCAAGGCAGAAAAUAGUCACAUGUGCUAAGGCCUUCAAACUACAAGCCAUUGACAUGGUACAUAUUGAUUUAAAAGACUUAGAAGGAAUUGAGAAGCAAUCCCUGGAAGGAGCAAGGAUGGGUUUCACAGGAAAGCAGGUCAUUCACCCCUCCCAUGUCCCCAUUGUCCAGAGAGCCUUCUCCCCUACAGAAGAUCAAGUGGCAUGGGCCACAGAGCUUGUGGAGGCAUUCAGUAAACAUACAGAAUCGGGAAAGGGUGCUUUUACAUUCAGAGGAAAGAUGAUAGACAUGCCAUCUGUCUUGCAAGCUAAAAAUAUUUUACAACUAUCAGCUAAUAUUGGAUCUAAGUCACCCUGACAUGUGAUUAGUUUAAAACAGCUGUGGCUUUUGAUUAACCCUGAAGUACCAUAUCAGCAAUUAACUGCUUUCAGAUAGAUCGUCAUCUGCUGUGAUGCCCAGUUUACCACGAAUGAAAAAAUUGACAAUUUUCUUUAAUUAUCAUUUGAUUGGUCAUCUUGCACAUACACAUUAUUUGUAUGAACACAUACAUAUAAUUUGUGUAUGUUAAUUAACAUGUAGCAGAUUAUUUUUGAACAUUUUUAAAAUAACAUGUACAGUCAAACUUUAUUACCCCAAACUUGAUGGGGCCAAGGGAAAAAAAACUUUAACAUAUCCAUGGACUCAAGAUUUUGAGAUAACAAUACAUUUUUGAAAAAGUGUUUGGGAAUUCAGAGUCACUACAACAUGAGUAAUAUCCAUGGUAUUCAAUAGAAUGUCAGCUGGAACAAGUGGCGAGAUUAUUAAAUGUCAGACUGAAGUAGACUAUAGUGAUAUUAAUCAACCUUUUCUGUCAAUCAGCAAGAUUUCUUAAACACCCAUGUAGAUGUUAAGGUGAACCAUGUUUAAAAAAAAAACAAUGCUCUAUUUUUGCAUAAUAAUAGUCCACAUUUCAACAUGGACAAAGAGAAGUUUUAGACAGAGACUUUGGUCAUUGGGGUUGGUAGAGGUGUAUACAUGUAAUAUACUCAGCUGGUUCUGUAUUGGAUUCUCUUAUUUUACAUGUACAUAAUUAUAUCCAUAUAUAAUACUCUGAUGUUUGAAAGAACAUUUUUAGUCUUUUUCAAAUUGAUCAAUUCUAAGGACAAGGAACAUGAUAAAGAGAAGUACUUAUUUUAAAAAUAAUUCUCUGAGUCUAUUGACAUACAUUUUACAUGUGCUUACAGUCAUUUAAUAAUGUUAGAGUAAAAUCUUCCCUCCCUUUUUUGAUUGAAAAAUGCAUAUUCAUAUAUUUCUUCAGUUCUGGGUGGUAUAGCAAACAAUUGUUGACAGAUACAUAUAUAUAGCAUAUGUACUUUAUGGUUAUGAAUUGUGAAGAAUUCUUUUUACUCUAGUGCUAGAAAUUAUAAAUCACUAUUGUUAAGAUAUCCUAAAUAUGGCAACAAUGUCUGUUAAAGUGUAUUAUGGACAUGUUUAUAAUGUAUACAUGUAUUAAACAUUCUGUUUUGUAAUGGACAUGCAUGUUCUCGAUGUACAGUGUAUGCCUUCAUUGAUCCACUGAUAUGUACAUAGUUUACAUGUAUUACUAUAAUGAAGGUUCAAAAACCGUAUUAAGGGCUUUUUGGACUCUUUCUUGUGGAUAAGUCUCUUUAGAACACAGAUAAAACCAUGUACUUGUUUAAAUGAGUGAUAGCAUAGGAAAAGGUCAAACAAAGCCCAAGAAUGUAUUCAUUUUUAUUUUUGUUGAUUUUUUAACUGAUAUUAUUUACAUCAAUUUUAAUGAACAUCAUACAUAUUUUAUACGAAAAUCAUAGAUUCUUCAUGUACUUUCUAUGUUUUCUAAAACAAACAAUCAUUGAAAUUCUUGAGAAAUGAAGACAGUUGUAAUAUUAACCUUCUUGUGACCUCUGUGUAUUCUGAAGAACAAAUGAUCUAGACAUCAUUCAUUGUUUUACGAUUAUUAACUAAAAACAAAAUCAUGCUUUACUAUUUAUGUCAGAUAAGGACCUAAAAUUGGUUCUUUUACCCUUUUCUCCUCUUCCUUUUAUACAGUGCUACAUGUAACAUUAAUCAUUUCUAUGAUUUUGAUGUAUGAUGAAAAAUGGUUCUGAAAUACUUGCAAAUAUAAGAGGGAAAGGUAAA